AGCCACUUUGAGAGCACUACUGCGAUUCCGCUUGUCAUUUUGUCACUGUUGAGCCGGAAAGUAAUAUUUAUUUUAUUCCGCUUUUGCUCCUCCAUUUAAUCCAAUUUCUCCAACAUCCCCCCUCUCUCAACGCGCAUUGCCCAAAGCAAAGUACACCUUUGUUGGGGGUGGUGUUUCAUGCAGGCAUGAAGACGGCUAAAACGAAACCUCCAUUGCUAAAACACUACUUUCUCACCUUCGCCUCCCUUUCAUUCCUCAUCCUUUUCUUCUGCUUUUCUAAUCAGCGUCGCCACUCCCUAACAUCAUUCCUCACAACCACCGCUGCUACCACCCACUCUUCCUCUGCCUCCGAGGUAGACCUCAAAAUCCGACCUGGCUACACCUCCUACGACGCCUACAUCCAACGCCAACUCAACAAAACCCUCAACCCAAAACUACGGAAAAUAUGGAUGACUCGUGACUGGGACCGCAAAAUCCACGUCUUCUCCAAUUUCUUUCGGGAACUACAACUCCAAAACCUCCUCUCUAACUCUUCCAAGUCCCUCUGCAUCGGCGCCCGGGUCGGCCAAGAGGUCGAGGCUCUCAAACGCGUCGGCGUCUCCGACUCUGUCGGCAUCGAUCUCGUGCCGUCCCCGCCGCUCGUCUUGAAAGGAGACUUCCAUAACCAGACAUUCGACAACGAGACGUUCGAUUUCGAGUUCUCCAACGUGUUCGACCACGCGCUCUACCCGCGGAAGUUCGUUGGCGAGAUCGAGCGGACGCUGAAGCCAGAUGGUGUCUGCGUGUUGCACUUGGCGUUGUCAACGCGUGCUGACAAAUUCUCGGCCAACGAUUUGUACAGCGUGAAACCGUUGAUUCAUUUGUUCCAGAGAUCGCAGCUGGUUCGGGUCCGAAAAGUUGACGGCUUCGGAUUGGACACGGAGGUCAUAUUUCGUAAGAAGAAGACAACCCAACGUUCUUGAUUUCAUUUCUGAUCAUCCAUUGUCAUUCAAUCCUUGUUAAUUACUGAAACAGAAAACAAAUUCUGGGAGUAUUGAGUUGUAAAAUGAAACGGGGAAUGGGCCAUUGAGGGUGAGUAUGAUAAUCAAAGAACAAAGGCAUUGACAUUGUUAAGGCAAA